UUGUUUUAUUAAUCACCGUCUUGGUACAGAGUCCACUCCAAUUGGCUACAGGCUGUGAUCCUGUAGCCAAUGAGCUGGGCUGACGACAUAGUUCAGAAGCAUAUAAAAUGGAGACUCAUUGCUGGAAAUGUUUUGAUAUUUCAACUAUUCACAAAAUCCCUGGUAACAUCCUCUGGUAACAGCAAAGUUCAUACAGGUCCUGCUUGGAGGUUUCCAAUUCAUCUGCAAGAAUUCCAUUUGGUGCCAAAGGAGUGAACUCCCCAACCCUUCCUUCUGCAAUUAACCCGAGACUGGCUGCAUGAUGGCUGCAUCCGAGAGCGAGGGGGGUUCUCAAAAAUUACUUGCCUGGUGGCUGAUUAAGCAGAUCAACAGUGAAAACUAUGAGGGCUGCUGGGUAAACAAGGACCACACUCAGUUUCGCAUCCCUGGAAACCACUUCCAGGAGGAUAAACCUAAUGACUACAAGAUUUUCAAGGCCUGGGCCAUCAACAGCGGAAGUACAACGGAAAUACUGAAAGAUCUGGCAAGUGGGAAAACCAACUUCGUCUGUGCCCUGAGAAGCACAAACAUGUUCCUGAUGGUGCAGGACAACUCAAAGACCUCCGAGGACCCUCACAAAGUGUAUAAAAUCAUCAACCCAAGCCCCAAUGCUGUGACAGCUGCUAAUGCCCCAACUACUAAAAACAAUAACCUGCAUGACAAUAAAGAAGACAUUGGCCUCCAUUCUGAAGAAGCCCCUAAUCUGCAUCAUCCUAUGCCACAGCAACUGCAGCCGCAGAUAGAAUUAGAUUUGGAGAUGUUGUCGCUGGAAAACCCUCCCCAAGAGAUGGAUAGCGUGCAGAACAAAAGGCCAGCCUACGACCCUGGCAGGAAUCCGUCCCAGGGCUACAUCACCAAUAAUUCGGCGCCAAACGGCUACCAGUGCAGCCCUGACACACUCCAGUGGAUUCUGCAACAGUGCAGCUUAACUCAGAAUGGCUGCAGCCCACAGCAGCUGCCAUGGGCUCUGGAUGGAGGUUCAGGGGAAGUGCCAUAUGAAGACAGCCGAGGCUAUCCAAACCAACAUAUGGGCCAAAAUGGCUACCCACAGCAGGGGAGUGGAGCAGCAAAUGGACCAGUGGAGAACUAUCACCAAUCUGUUGGCCAGUGGGUGACCCAACCCAUGGCAGAGACCCAACCCAUGCAAAAUGCUUACGACCCUUCUGCUGUCUCACUUCUACAGCAGCCCCUCCCAUCCAGCACAGUUCCUGGCAUAAGUCAGCUUCUUAAUAGUGCAGUGGAAGUCCUGUUUGCGGGGAGAUCUCACUACAAUAUCCACGCGGGCGUCCAGAGCACUUUCCCGAGCGAAGAGCCUACAGGAAACGCAGUGAUCUGUCAAACGCUGAAUGGCCCGGGAGAGAACAGUUAUCACCAGCCGGCGAAUCAGUUGGCAGCCCCGGCAGUGCUGGAGCAGAACGAGUUCACCCCGCUGGGUGCCCUUUUCCCAGAGCAGCAUCCUCCUCCCAACACAGUGCCAUCGCGGAACAAUACAGAAACCAUUCCUCCCACUAUGGACGUCACCAUCUAUUACCGAGGGAGGCCACUCCAUGAGGUGCAGGUGGCCACCAGCAGCUGCCUAUUCGCGUACAAUAACGAAGAUCCCACCUUUGCUCCAGGCUGCACGCAGGUAGUCCAAUUCCCAAACCCAGAUGAGCUGCCUGACCAGAAGCAGGCCCAGUUCACCAGGCAGCUGCUCCUGAACACAGGACUGCUGCUGGAGCAGAAGCACAAGAAGAUCUAUGCCAAGCGCCUGAAUAAAUGCAAGGUCUUCUGGGCCCUCUCCAGGCAACUGGUGAACAUGGCUCAGAUCCCUGAGCCCAAGCUGCUGCCACGUGGCACAGAGACGGAGAUCUUCGACUAUGAGGUGUUCUCAAAGGAGCUGAAGGAUUUUAAGGAACAUCAAAGGGCUGCAUCUCCCGACUUCACCAUCUACCUUGGCUUUGGGCAGUGCUUCUCCAAAUCCAAGCCCAAGGAGGCCAUGUUAAUCCUAGUGAAGCUGGUGCCUAAGUUCUGUGAGUAUGUCCAUGACAUGGCGCUGCGGGAGGGAGCCUCAUCCCUGAACAGCGGGAAUCUGAGCCUUCAGGUGUCAAGCUGCUUCAACAGCUUGUAUGACCUCAUUGAGCAGUACAACAUGCAGAUUGACUGACUGAACCUCCUCCCCUCCCUAGGACCUGAUCUGCAUGUGGGAGAGCAGCACUGGCCCGUCCUUGCCUAGGUCUCUGCCUGACUGGCCUGCCUUUGAAAACACUUCCGCCUUUCCCCCGCCCACUUGCAUCAGUUUGCCCCCCAUCAGGAAACAUGUGGGUGAGAUGAUGGGUGGCCUUGUGGCUUAGCCACUUCACUGAGUCUCAGUAAAGCUUGGUUCAGUCCCUGCUGUGCCACCUGCUUAGUGACCUUGGGCAAUCCACUGCAUCUGGGGGCCUCACUUUCCCCAUCUGUAAAAUGGGAACAAUUCCUUACCUCAUAGGGUUGUUGUGAUGAUAAAUGCACGUGAGGUGCUCAGAUAUUACAGCAAUAGACAGAUCAGCCUACCCUACUCAGGGCCACCAAUUGAAAAUAGAAAUUUUUUUUCCCCAGCUGAAAUAAACAGGGUACCAGACACUGUGCUCUGAAGGUAGAAGCAAGAGAAUCUUCCUCUCUGCUUCAGGAGGUCAGCAAGAAAGUCAGGGCGGGCAGGCAGGGGGGGAGGGGCACGACAGGGAGGGGCAUUCUCAUCUACAGCACUGCAGUGUAAUGAUCUUGUGUCUCCGUCUGGGCUGAGGUGGCUGGAUUUUAAGCUGAGCGAGGGGUGUUGAUAGGGGAAAAAAUCCUUAUCACCACCUGUUGCUGACAUGAGCAAAGCAGGAGCGCUGGGGGUGGGUCGUACAAUAGCCCUGGCCAGCUCUCCGGGGGUCACAGGGUUGGUACAAGGUGAACUAAUCUGGCAGAUGGUGGCUUAGGCACAACUCCUAACAUCCAUUGAUUUGAAUGGAAGUUCGGAGCCUAAAUACCUGAGGAGCUGGGCUUUAAUCAGCUGAUCGAUCAUUAUGGAAAAAUCUCCACCCAGGGCUAGGAACAGGGAAGAGUCUCCUAUAGAAGACACAGACUCCACUUUCUCCUUGUGCUAUGUCCCUUUUAAGCACUCGCCUGUCAGAGAUCUGUGAAAUGGAAGCACCCAUGGUCCAGUAGAUCUACUAGUGACGUCAAUGUGCGCAAGUAGCAUACAGACGGCUGAAGUAAGCAAGCUCGAGGAGGGCUGCUUUAAACAGCUGGACCAUGCCUCAGGCCGUCCCCUUACCCCAGUGAGAUGAGAGGGGAGCAAGGAGCAUGAGUAACACACUGAACAGUGUAGUGGAGGGGAGGCCCGGAAGCCACGACAGAGGCUGGACCUGCUCCCAGUGGAAUUUUGCCAUUGACUUUCCAAAGUAGCUUGCUCCCCCAAAUGUGCCCAACUAAUAAAUUAAAGUUUAGAGCUGAACACUGUAUUCUAACCUCUCCACAUUCUGCCUGAGUUCAGUUUGCAGGCCCAGCAGCGCUUGGCCUUGCGCAUGUUGUAUGAGGCCAUUCACCCUACAACUCCUUGUCAUCCUUGAGCAGGGAGCGGUCUCUGCCUGAACCGAGUCACACCGACAACACUCUACUUCAUUCUUUGCCAGCUUCUUGCCCCACAAAGCACAUUCACACAAGAGAAAAACAUGCCAUGGUCAUGUAGGAUAGUCCACCAUACCACUUCCCUACCCCUUUUUCUGCCCUGCUUCCCUUGGACACCACAGCACACAUGCGCUGGCCUGCUAUCAUCUGAUGAACACACAGCAUAUAUAGGCACAGAUCCAUAAAGCUGGCACUUUCCUAACCAUACAUGCUCAAGGUAACCUGUUGUUUUAAUGGGCAUAGGCCAGCAGUUCUUAAACUAUGGUUCACUGGCUGACUACACCAUGCUCCUUAUUUCCUGCUCUUCUCUCUUUUUUUUUUUUUGGUAAUUUAUUUAUUUAGUAGAGUUUCAGAAUGCUUGUCAAGGGCACCCAGAGUAUAGACUGGGUGCUUUUUUAUUUUUUUAACUGCAGGUUAGCCAAAAUCUCAAUACCUUAAUUACCUUUCAAACAUCCACACAGGCACUAAGUACCACCGGUGCUCUGCCCAUGUAAACGAUUGCGCUAGUUGCCGCAGUGAUGAUGUGCAAUCAGAGCAAUGAAGCUUGUGCGGUGGGAUGGGUCAUAAGAUAUUGGGUCAUGACCAACACUGGACCAGUACGGGAAGGCCUACUGCUGUAGACUACUGUUACGCAAGCAGGCUGGACUCUGACAGGAGACCUGUAUGAAACUGACAUUGCACACUGGAUGUUGUUCUUUCCUCCAAAAGCAACUACAGAGGUUAGCUUUAGGACCCUUCCCUGUCCUAGCUUAGGUGUGAUAUUGCUAAGACAGCUGAGUAUCAGCGUGGUAUCUGAGCACUGAGCAUCUGUGGAAAGCAGCAAGAGGGAGAUGAUGAGCAUAUCUUCCUCUUUUUGCCUGCCCACAAUUCUGAGCUGUAUAUAUUUAUUGUGUUAAUACGAUUCUGGGUAGUUUCAAUGAUAUGUCAUUUGAAAUUUCUUGCAUUCCAAGAGUUUAGUAACUGAGGGUGAGUGAGGCCGUAAACGAGCGGCAAUCCACUUGGUCAUCACAAUGUGUGCAUGUAUUACACACACACACACACAGAGGUUUCAUAGUAGCAGCUGUGUUAGUCUGUAUUCGCAAAAAGAAAAGGAGUACUUGUGGCACCUUAGAGACAGGUUGGCAUCCUCACCAGCAGCUCUGAUUACUUCCUCCUUUUCCUUUUAAGGCUGCUUGGAUCUUUAUACAUGUCAUCCUGACUGAGCUGUGAGUCUCAAAAAUGCAAGUGUCUCAAGGACUGACAGCUAAAAGCUUGAUUUAAACAGAAAAAUUAAUGGACUCCAGGAAUUCUCAUCCUCUGCCCUUCCUUUGACCAGCCAAGGGCAUUUUAAGAAAAAAAGGGUUGGGGGGGGGGUAUAGAAAUCCUAGAAAUCAGGGGAGCAGGUCUUCCCAAACCUAUGCACUGAUGGAGCCCAACAUACCUUACGAAGGGUGAGUGAAAUCCUGGCCCUGCUGAAUUCAGCAGGCAUCCUGCCAUUGACAUCACAGGGGCCCGGAUUUCACCUGGUGUGUCUGGCAUAAUGUUAAGCACUAAUAUUAAAGUAUAAUUUAUAGAACACCUGCCCCACUGUGGUACUUUCCCUAGCUUUUCUUUAUUGCUUAGGUAAAUUGGGCAUGUUUGUGUUUUAGCUUCCCUUUAUUAGCACAGAGCUCUGUGUUUCAUCCAAAUGGACUUUGGCCUAAGUUUUCAAAAGUGAUUUUGGGGGCCCCGCUGCGACACUUUUAAAAAGGGCCUGAUUGUCAGAACAUGCAGAGCACCUGCUCUCUCAAAGUCAGGCCUUUUAAGGUGUCAAGCCAGCACCCACAAACCGAGCCCCUCUGCCCCCUGCAAAUCACUAGUAAAUGUAGGUGAUUGCACGUAUGUGCACAACUGCCUGCUCCUGGAUGGAAUGUCACCUGUUUGAGAGGUUCCAAACUGGGGCUGACCUAGAGGACCAGCACCUGAGCAGCUAGCAAGGCCUUUGGCUUUGCAGCUGAACUGAGACUUCCAAAUAGAGGCAAAUCCCUUUACAUGGGCUAGGGUGUAAUUCAGUUGGUGUGGAGUCCAGCCCUCUCCCAGCUAGCCUGAAGGUGGAGAGGGGCUCUUCUCCUGACAUCUUGUACUGGAGUUCAUUUUUACAACAGAAAUGGGUUGGUCUUUGAUGCUGCUGGCCUCACAGAAGUAGUUCCAGCACUAGCAGAAACGUUUUAGGAGUCUAAUCUGGCUCCAGUUGAAUUCAGUGGCCAAAGUAAAUGAUUCCAGGGGGAGGUGAAUCAGCCUCAAGGGGCUGCUUGCCUAUAGCAUGAGGAGGAGAUAGACAAGGGCAAGAGGAGGGAGACAUGAAAGCAGCAGGUCAAGGUGUGCAGGGUUGAAAACAGCCCCACACACAACUGGCAAGAUGUGCCAAGCCCCUUCUCCCUCUUCUCUAUAGAGCAGCAGCAGGUCUGGUGCCUUCUAGCUCGGGUGGUGAAGGCUUUAAGUAGCAUUUGACUUCAGUAAUAUGCCUUUUUCUAAUGUCAUGUCUUAUGCAGCCAGAGGGUUUUUGCACUCUGUAGAGCAGGCAUUGCAUUCACUGGGAGAGGAUUGCACAGCCCGAGAACACUCAGGGGUUAAUGAGACUGUAGCCUGACAGGGCAUAACUUGUCUUGCAGUGUUAGUGCAGUGUGUGGGUGGGAUGGAUGAUUCACAAGCCAAUCCCUCAGAAGCAGGGUCAUGGAUUUUAUGGAACAUCUCUAGACCUUGCAAGGGGGUCAGAGGCUCGCUCAUGUCAGCAUGCGUGGCUCCAGUGAAGUCAUUGCAGCUGCAAAGCCGGCCCACUGAAUUUAAUUUAGGCAGAGUGUGAAACAUCUAGAGCAGGGGGUCUCAAACAGGGGUCACAAGAUUAUUUUGGGGGACAGGGGCAGUUGCGAGCUGUCAGCCCCACACUUGUCAGGGCUCCAGCUGUCAACCCCCAGGUGUACCAGGGCUCCUGCAGUCAGCCCAAGCCCUUCACAGCUGGGUGGAUGGAGAGCAGGGGCUUCUGGCCAGGCACCCAGAUCUGAAGGCAGCACCAUCCCCAGCAGCAGUGCAGAAGUAAGGGUGGCAUGGUAUGGGGUUGGGGGUCAUCACAGCCUGAAAUAUUUUCAAAGAGGGCCCCAGCCAGAAAAGUUUGAGAACCUUUGAUCCGGAGAAUGUGCCUUCAGGGAACUGAGCAAGAGACCCACCCACCCCAUCUACACUGCAGCUCCUGUCCAAGCACAACUGUAUGUCGGUGUUAGUCUCCCCACACCUGUCAUGCUGCACAGCCGUGUUUGUAUCUGUACAUUAUGGACAGCUAUCCCACUCUGCUGCAGCUGCUGGGGGGACAGGGCAGGGCAGAAGAUUGUGGGUGUUAAAUAAGGCACAAUGAGCUUUAGGUCAGGCUGUCCUCCCACCCACACAGCGAGGAGGCAGGAGAACUGGCUGUCAUUGCCUACACAGUUACAUGGUUAUCUGUCGUAACGAGGAAGGACCAUUUAGAACCUAGUUACAGCCUGAUUAUGAUGCUCAUGAGAAAAAUCAAAGCACAUUGUAUCCAACAUGAUUACGUUACCAACAGCAUGUGUGGACACAAACUGGGUAGGGAGGCAGCCUCAGUACAAGCUGUACAGUAGAAGGGCCUCUCGCUAUUGCCAUGAAAUGCCAAGCUGAUCUGAGUUGGGUGCUACGGACUAUUUUGCCUUUUUAAUAAAAUGACCCUUGUGAUUUGAUUUAAAAAUUGCCUAACUCGCAUCACAGAUACAGGGGGGAUUGAUUGUGUUCUCUCACACCUCAGUUGCGAUCAUGGGAGUUCCACACAAAGCAACAUGUUAAAGCCCUUCAUUUUCCUUCUCUCCAAAACUUGGACAGCAGAAGGAAGUAGGAAAUAAAAGGACACUAAUGACCAGCUGCUUUAUACUAAGCCAGAAAAUCAAAUUUCAUGGAUCAGCCUCUGCACUGCACCUUUGGGAGGCAAUCAGUGUGAGCGUGUUAAUUAAAUAUGGAUUUUUGUAGUGUACUUUUUGAUACUUGGUUAAUUACUGCUCCUUCCCAUAUGAUGGAAUAAAUGGGCUGCUUCCCCAGAGGUUGUAAACUGGUAUAACUCCUGACACAAAUAAUGCUUUCAGCAAAUCAGAAGACCCGGAAGUUCUGGUUCUUCGUUAACAGGCAUGAGGUGAAUAUUGUUUCUUAGUGAAGAAACAGGGCCUUGAUCCAAAGCUUAACAGAAGCCUUUCCAAAGGCUUUCAGUGGGCUUUGGCUCCAGCUGCUAAUGUUGAAGGGAUCACAAAAUCUGGAAGCUUCUUUCCGUCUUGAUUUAAGAAAUGUUUCUUAGAACUGUAAUUGAGGCCAACUGUAAUUCUGUUCUAACACCAGGUCAGUUUUCAUACAUUGUGCCUGUUUCUUGUGUGUAUUCUGAGUAGUGCAAACCUUUCAGCUACUGAUGUGAAUGAAGCUCUCUGUUCACAUUGCUUAUCUAUGCAUCAGCACAGGCAGGAAAAAUGCCCUUUUCCUCUCUUGUGUCUGUGUAAAUAAACUGACAUUCCACAUUCCUCCAGUGGGUGGAAAUUGUUUACUGCACAACACUGCCAGUACACACACUGCAAACAGUGAAAUGGAUCUUGCUGUACAGAGCGCUUAAGAGAUUGCUUAGCAAGGCACUCAACAAGCUAAGAGUCUUGGCUAAAAGGACGUCCUUCCCAAUGGACCUCUCUUGGGCAGGCAGAGUCAUUUGUCCAAGAUACUCUGAAAUAAGAAAGACAGUGAGUAACUUCAGAGUUGCAGCUUCUGUUGCAAGAAAGCAAAGAAACUUGAAGUUUAAGCCACCCAAAGUUUGGGAGUAUUUGGCUCUGGAGUUCCAGUUCAGAACCCCACUUAAAUAGAAAAAAAAAAAAAAAAAAAAACAUCAAGUUGUCAGACCACCAACCCUAGAGCCCCCCCCCAGGGCGUGCGAGGGGUACACAGUGCCCGUCCUGGAGCACUGCCUCGUUCAGUAUGAAGGGAAAACAGAAUUUGAGUAAAAUCAAAUAAACCAAACCUCAGCCUGGCUCUAUGGUGCUGUUCACAGCACAGCAUUUCCAUCUUCCAAGGGAAAAAUCCGGGGGGGGGGGGGGGGGGGGUUGCUGCUUCCAUGUGCCAGACUGUGCAGCACACAUUGUACUGGGGGGGGUUUCCAAAGCCUGAAGCAAGACCUGAUCCUCUUCACUGACCAACUCAACAGCCACAGUGAGAAGGUUUGGAAAAGUGCCUUUAGCAAGUGCAUGUGCAGCUAAGGAUGCUCCCAGGUGCAUCCAGCUCCCAAGACAGCAGGGUUCCCCUUGGUUGGUAAUGCAACCAGUGCAGUUCCACUGGGCAAGAAGGGAGAAGUACACAAGGCGUACACACCCCACGUGAGAUGGCCAAGCUCUGCAGGGGCUCCCUGCACUGGGCACUGGUGGGAUUUCUGCCAUCUGGGCUGAAGUUGCCUCUAGACAUCGGGUUCCAAAUCAUGCCAAAGGCUUGAGGACGAAAAGAUGCUUCCUUCAUUCUCCCCCUUGCCCACAACCAAGUUUCCCUUGUGCCCAGCCCAACUAUGCAGGUUGGGAACUGGGAAAAAUUAUUGGCUGCCCUGGAACAAUGACCAAGGGCUGCCACGCCACAAUGCUUUUACCAAGGGCAGGCUGGGAGCUCGACCACCCACAAGGCAAUUGGCAGAGCAAUGCUGCAAGGGUUUAACUUUCAUUUCUGUUUGCUCCUUAUGUAACCCCCAUUAACUCAGACCCUUCACAGUGUCAUUGGGUGACAAUUCUAUGGGAAUCUCCAUGGGGAGGUAACGCCUUGGAGAACCGAGGCCUUAGAUUAUAAACGCCUUGGGACAUAAUUUCCCUGUCACCCCAUAUACGCCAACAGCACUAUGAUCUAAAUAGUACUUAGCACCGCAAGGACGGUCUCAGAUUACACAUCAAUUACACAUUUAAAGGAAUUGACUUCCAUGGAUUUAGAAUAUAUCUUGACAUUGCCCAAGUGAUUUUUAUAUACAUCAAGGAUGGGGCUUUCGAAGUCCACUUGGGGAUUUAGAUGCCCAAAAUUCCCAUCCAUUUUAGAAAAUCUCAGCCUAAACAUACAGCGUCUCAAAUCAUUUAGGAACAACACUGAUAGACACGGAAAGACUGAUCAGGAAGAGCGGCAGCGACAGAGAGGCAUCCUUCAAGCUAGCCAUAUUCCUUAAUAAAGAAGGAUUGCUACAUCAGGACAAAUGCCGAGACAGGACGACUGACAUUGGAAUCACAGGGUGAGGUUCUAUGGACUGUGUUAUGCAGCUGGUCUGACUAGAUCACCACAUCGCUCUGUUCUGGGCUUGAAAUAGACGGCUCUAUGAAGUCUAUCUGACCAGUGUUCCGGAGUGGGUAUUUUCAGAUUGGCUCCCUCGUUCUAGGGCCCGCUCUAAUUCCCAUUAAAAUCAAUGGAAAAAUUCCAUCUAUCUAUCUAUCUAUCCCCAUGGCCUGUUCAUCACUGUAUCUGAGUGUAUCAAUCAAUAGAUCACUUCCCCACCUGGGAAGUAGGGACAGGCUAUUAUUUCCAAAUUACAGAUGGGGAACUGAGGCACAGCGAGGCUAAGUGACUUGUCCAAGGUCACCAGGAAUCCACAGCAGAGCAGGGAAUUGAACUUGGGUCUUCCAAAUACCAAAUCGGUGCUUUAAACCACUGGGCCAUUCUUCUCAUUGACCAUGAUGGGAGCUGGCAUUAGCACAAGCCCAGCUCCCCACAACAGGAAAAGAAUAGAAGCCAAAAGCCAAGAUCAAAACAUGAGGAGCAAAGCUACAGCCAAGUUACCUGGCGAUUGACAUGGAUGCUGCUGGGGCCGAAAGAUGUAGUCCCAUAGCUAGUGACAUAAUAGUGAGCAGGGGGCGGGGGCUGUGGAACCUCCAGGUCACUUGGAACUGAAAGGAAAGAGAAGGAGACAUCAGCCUGCCAUGCCACAGCCAUGGAGUGAAUCCCCCAAACCCUCCACCCCACUGACAGUGUAAAGUGCUUGACACAUUAACUCAUCCCUCCUGGCCGUGGAGGCAGAGCCUCAGCCAGUGCCACCUGGCUUAGCUCCAUUGACUUCAGAGUAGCUAGGGCGAUUUAUACCAGCUGCACAUCUGCCCCAGAACGUGAGAGGCGGAUAAGCAGGGACAUACAGAAGCCUGUUGUAAGGGAACAGCCAAGGGGCCAGCAGGAGCUGGCCACCAAGUCACAGUGGUCUUUAAAUAAAAGAGUGGGGAAAAAUGGCUCAGAGAAACUUGGGAGUUUAUUAGAAGCAGUUCUCAACACUGGGGAGCUGCCUGUCAGAGAUGUAUUGUAGAACACUGCAUUGUCGGGCCUUUUAGAGGGAAACUAAGAAAAAAUAGGCUAUGUGGGUCAGGGCAGAGCUGGGAUUAGAACCCAAGUGUCCCAAUUCCCAGGCCUUGUGUUUGCUGUAAGCCCUGGACCAUGCUUAUGGUCAUGCUUAUCUGAUUACAGUCGUGCACUUAGAAGACUCAACUGAGAUCAGGGUGCCAUUGUGCUAGGUGCUGUGCAAACACUGCGAAUGACAGGCCCUGCCCCAAACAACUGAUGAUUUACAUAGACCAGAGACAGAGGAAGUAUUAGCACCCCCAGUAUACAGAUGUAGAAGCACAGCAAAGAAAGACGAUGACUCAGGGUAUGUCUACAUAGGGGAAAAAAAAAAAAAAACA